GUUGAGACAUCAUUUGCACUUAAUUAAGAAUAAAUAGGAUUAGCGCACCUAAACUUGCUCUCUCUGUCUCUUGGACCGGAAAUUGCAGGUCUGUGUCCUCUACCUCUCCCCUCUCCCCUCUCCCUCCCUCUCUCUCUCUCUCUCUCUCUCUCUCUCUCUCUCAGCGUCACUAGUGUGUCUGUCUCAGUUCAGAGGUCACUGGCACCACCGAAUUUAAGGUCUUUCCUAGAGAGAGGAACGCUAACAUGGAAGAUCAACGAGGUAGAUAUACUACUUCUUAAUUAAUUCAGAACCAUAUUCACAUAGAGAGAGGAUCAGAACGAUGCGUCGAGAGAUCUCCGUCCUGCUUCAGCCUCGAUCCCUCAUCGUCUGCUUCGUCCUCGCCAUUUUCCUAAUUUUCGUUUUCUCGUCCACCCAUAAGAAGGAGGAAGCGCAAAUAGAAGAGGUGCCUGAAAUUACCCACAGAGUAUUCCUUGAUAUUGAUAUUGACGGACAGCACUUAGGUAGAAUCGUGAUUGGAUUAUAUGGUGAGGUUGUUCCAAAAACUGUUGAAAAUUUUAGGGCGUUGUGCACAGGGGAAAAGGGAAAAGGUGUCAAGGGGAAACUACUCCACUAUAAGGGAAUACCAUUUCAUCGUAUAGUAUCUGGGUUCAUGAUUCAAGGUGGAGAUAUUGUUUCUCGUGAUGGGAAGGGAUAUGAAUCUAUAUAUGGCAGCACAUUUCCUGAUGAGAAUUUCAGAGUGAAACAUUCACACGCAGGUGUCGUUUCUAUGGUAAAUUCAGGACCUGAUUCCAAUGGCUCACAGUUCUUUAUCACCACAAUUAAAGCUAGUUGGUUGGACGGGGAGCAUGUUGUCUUUGGCAAGGUUAUUCAGGGAAUGGACCUGGUGUACACAAUCGAAGGAGGGGCUGGAACCUACAGUGGAAAACCGAGAAAGAAGGUUGUAAUUGCUGAAUCAGGAGAGAUACCCAAGAGCCAGUGGGAUGAGGAAAGUUGACACACUUCUUACAACAGAUUUUUAACUUGAGUUCAGUAGAUUGCUUUUUUAGAUGACCGAUACGAGUUUCUUCCCUUCUACGUAGUUCCAUCAGUCUCGGGCUUUUCUCCUGGAUAUAUUAGAGUCUCUCUCUCCUUUUGUAAUUGGCAAGAGUUGUUAAUACAAACAUGUUCUGUUGUAGAGGAAGUGAGGAACCGAUUAGAAAUCCCCAAUUUUUUUUUUAUCUCGUCUGCCCCCAUUUUUCUCAUGCAUGUAUAUUUGACUUUCAUUCUGAAGUUGCUUUUGAAAGCAUUAAAGCAGCUUCAAAGGACUAGCAUUUAGUGCUC